UGCAAGAUGGCUGUGAGAUGGGCUUAAAGUGGAUAACCUAGAACAACCGUUUGUGUGACACGUGGUUUAAAGAGAAGUUAUUGAUAUACAAUAAUUAUUUUCCGUUAUUGUAAUGUCUUUUUUUAUAAGAAGUAGUCGACGGGGAGGUGGUGCGCCAAAGCGUAAACUCAACGGUCAAUUCAAUAAGACAUCUACAUCUCAAUCUACAUCAAAACAGUCAAAGAAAUCAAAGAAGUCCAAAUUUAAUGACAAUGAGAGUAUUGCUAGUACAGAUGAAGAAUUUGCAGAAGAAAAUUUAGGAAAUGCACAAAGUGAAACUGAAGAAGAGGAAGAGACUGCACAAGAGAAACGUUUGAGACUUGCAAAGAAAUAUCUUCAAGAAAUUGAAGAAGAAGAAAAAGAUAGAGUAGAAUUUGAAGAGGGUGCAGUCGCACGGAGAUUGCGUGAGGAAUACCUAGAGGAAAAGGGCCGAUUAAGAAAAACUGUAGCAAUAAAUUACAUUGGCCACAAUGAGCUUGUAACAUUGAGAUGUAAAGAACAUAAGUAUUCUAUUACUUGCAUUUGUCUUUCUAGUGAUGGCAGUGUAUUAUAUUCAGGGUCUAAGGAUGGUAGUUUAGUUAAAUGGUCAAUUAAAGAGAAGAUCAAAUUAAAAGCUAUUAGAGGAAACAGAGGGAAGACAAAAUCUGGAAUGAAAUCCAUACGGUGUUUGGCAAUUAGCACAGAUGGAAAGUUCCUUGUAGUAGGGGAUGGUGGAUGUAAAGUGAUCAAAGUGUUGUCUGGCGAUACUCUUGAUCAUAUAAAGGAUCUGCAAGGUCAUAGAGGUUUUGUAUCUGGAUUGGUAUUUCGUAAAGAUACUCACACGCUAUACUCCACGUCCGAAGAUAAAAGUGUGAAAGUUUGGAAUCUAGACGAUAUGGCUUAUGUUGAAUCUUUAUUCGGGCAUCAGAGUGCUAUUACGUCUAUUGAUGCGCUUUCGCGAGAGCGCGCUAUCACGAGCGGUGGUUAUGACGGGACUAUUAGAAUAUGGAAAAUAGUUGAAGAAUCGCAGUUAAUAUUUAACGCGCACAGCGUCGGCAAUAGCAUUGACGCGGUUAAACUCAUCAACGAAGAGAAUUUUUUCAGCGGUGGGGACGACGGACAACUUUGCCUCUGGGGGUGUUUGAAGAAGAAGCCGUUAUGUUCGAUACCGGAGGCGCACGGAAAGGACGAAACUAAUGGUCAACCGAUGUGGAUUUCCAGCAUCGCUACACUAUUGAAUACAGAUUUAGUAGCGUCAGGAUCGCGAAAUGGUACGAUCAAAUUGUGGCAGUGCGGUGAGAAUUUUAGAUCUUUAAAUCCGUUAUUUGAAGUUAAAUUGGUGGGUUUCAUAAACGCACUCGCGUUUACUUCCGAUGGAAAUCAUCUUAUCGCUGGUGUAGGUACUGAACAUAGAAGUGGUGGUUGGUGGCGAAUACCCGAAGCGAGAAAUGCUGUUGUUAUUAUACCUCUAGUGCAAAAACAAAAGACAAAUAAAUUUUAGAUCAAUUUAUAUAGAUUUACGUUUGCGUACAGAUAAAUUUAUAUUUUUGUAUAAAUCAUAGGUUUACUUACCUAUCUUUUUUUAGUUAUAUUUAUAAAAUAAAAAUAUCCUUAAUAUAAGGAAUAAUAUUUUAAUUUCAUAGAAAUAUUUAUAGCACAAUCGUAUGAAAUCUUUUAAGAUAAGAAUGAUUGUUACCUUUAUAAUCUUGAAGUCGUGGAUGAAGUUCAUACAUUCAGCGACGAUGGUUUUGAUGUGAAUGAAAUGAAAGAAAUAUUGGUCCACAGUACAAGUAUUUAUUCUGUACAAAAGUUGAGUUAUAAAAUAUUAUGUCCCUAUUUUAGGUCUUGUUUUAGUCUUGUAUACCAUGCCGUCUUGAGUACAUUCGUAUAAUAACAAUAUCGCCGCAUGGAACGCUCGCGCUCGUUCGGAACAAUUCUCCGUCCGGGCAAUUUUCUUCGCUUUAUCCUAUUCCGACUCGACGGCUCGACCUGCGUGACAAAUAACGUUCUUUGCGAAAUAAUCCCGAUUUUCCACGUCCGGAACGAUCACGCGAGCGUUCCGCUCGCGCGCGAAUCUUGGACUCACCGUGUACAUAUAAACCAAACCGACUUUAAUCCGCAUAUUUAUUCGAGUCAACAAACAGUAGUACAGCGAGUGUACGCUACUUCUUGUGCAUUCUUGCGAUAAGUUUUCAAACGAGUGCGAUAUAUAGGCCAUCCUUAAUUGGGGGCACAUCACCCUUCCGUCAUGUCGUUUUUCUCCCUUUUUUUCACUGAAGCUGCUUUGCGUUCUGUUUCUUUCUUUUUCCAGGCUGAGAGGGUGCUGUUCGGGUUUUUUAAGGGUUCUCAAGCGACAUCGUCUUCCGCAAAAAUACGCUCGAUUAAAUCUCUCCCUGUUUCUCUCCAGGCCGGCAUUAAUUUCCGCGAGAUGGAUCUUGUGUUUACUUCUUUUUUUUCCCCACACACAUUUGGUUCUCUUUUAAUUAUUUGUUAAAAAUUUCUUAAAUUCCGUUGCUGUCUCAUUUAAUUGUUCAGCGCGGUUAAUACGCGUGUAAAUUGAUGCGUUCUCCGCGACAGAGGAACAACGCUUCUUUUUUUCUCUCUUCUCUUUGUUCUCUCGCGCUGAUUGCCAGUCUUUCCCUCGUAAAUUCUCUCGCCUUGGAAACCAGCCAGAUUUAUCAAAGUAUCAAAGAGUCGCCUUUAAUCUAAGAUCUAAUAAUAAGUGAGCCUCGCGUUUGACAAAACCGUCCGAAUGCGAUGACGCUCUUUCCUCUGCGCGGAGCGGAGUUGGGCGAGCGCGUUAUUCCUUGGUCAAUAUAAAUCACUUAGUUUUCGACAUAUUCCUGUAUUUCGCAACAAAAUGUACUGUAUUUUUUUUUUUCUAAUAGACAUCCGCGAAUUUCUUUAUUGCACAGCAGUCAAGAGUGAUUGUUUUAUUGCUAUCGAUAAUAUUAAUCUACAAUCCCAACUCCGCUCGUUACACAUUGUCUGCUUUUCAAUUUUCUCCCGUUUCGUCGAAACGGAAAAGUAACAAUGAUCACGGAAAGAGAUGCGUCUUUUUGUGUGUAUGUGUGGUAUGCAAUUGACGCUCGUUGCACAUUAGAUAUGGAUCGGUGUUACAUUUCCGAGAGGAUGUUACAUCGAAAUUCCGUCGUUUAUGAAAUUGUCAUAUGCGCGUUGUAACAUAAUUCCUCAAGCUUAAUGCGACUGAAUCUCCGUCGGAUAUGCAACGCAGGAAGGAAUAAACUAUUAUGUGUUAGAAACACACGCAUUAUUCUUUCACCGCGACUACCUUAUUUCUCGCUUACUUUGUACGAUUUUUUACACAAUAGUCUGAGAAACUUUACAUAUAGAAACACAUUUGAUACGAUAGUGCGAUUACGUUCGAUUGAUGGCAGUAGUUACACUAUCACGAAUAAAGCGGGUCUUGCGUUACCUUUAUCGUGCAUUCGUAUAAAGAAAAAUAGAAGGAGAAAGCAGCUUGCGUGCUCGGAGAAUAUCGAUGGUCAAUUAUUUCUACAGUAUUAAAGCGAACUUAAAAUUAUCAAUAGCGACAUAUCGCAUCGCGCUUUUCAGUUUAUCAACAGCUAUAAGCCUCGGAUGUGAAAAAUAUUAUGUAGUCCUCGGCGGAAACGAGUCGUUUAUUACAGAAAAAUUCGUUGUUUACCAAACGCGAUGGUAGUAUCUGUCGAAUCGUUGAAAUGUAUGUCUUUUUUUCAUCCUUCGUAUGUGACUGAAAAUGAUAGGUCUUUUAAUCUGGAUUGCUUCUGGUUUCAUCUGACUUUUUUCUAGCAACGCAUUAAAUAUUAAAUCGGAAAUUGACGGUGAUUGUUCAAUGUGGCAGUUUAUUUCGGAAAGAAUUGCUUUUCGAAUGGGGUCAGUUGGUUUGCUCGAUUAUACUUCACGCAAUACAUAUGUACGAAUGAAAAAUAUACUAUAUUUAUACUAUCAAAACAAUUAUUAACGAGCUUCUUUUAUGAUGAUUAGUGUUCUCUAUUUAGUUAUAAAUUUAGUAACAAUAGCAAUAAUAUUAAAUUGAUUCGAAACAUUUCUUUCAGAUAAAAAUUCUUAGGCCUCUUUUCAUGACGUGACGUAUAAUGAUUAGGUUUGAACAGUUAAUCAAAAUAGGCAGAAUGCGUGAAUGUAAUAAAAUUUAGAAACUGCAUAUUUUAGAUCGACAAAGCUUUCCGCGUUUCCGAUAUCGAUAUGUGUAAUUAUUAACAUCUUCGAAUAUAAAUCAUGCAAAAAAUUAUUUUUAUGAUGUUACAUCUUGUUUAAAAAAAAUUGCUUUUUUAUUGCAGUAAUAAACGAUUAAAAUAGAAGAA